CUGCUCUCCGCAAAUUAGGAAUCGGGGCUAAUUGUCCCCCGCUGCCCCCCCGCCCCCGGAACCUGCACUUCGCGUCUCGCCGUGCCUUUUUUUUCCUCCUCGCUCUUUGCCGUUUCUGCCUCCAAACGCUACUUUGCGUGGAAGAAGGAGAAGGGAAAAAGUUGGGAGCGGAUGGCUGUAGUUUCUUCUCUGGGAUCCUCAUUCAUUCCUCGCUGAACCUCCUGUUGCAUAAAUGAUGCUCCGGGAGCGAGGCUUUGCCUUUUUUUUUCUCCUCCGGAUUUGGGUUUAAGAGUGGAUGUUGCCGGGUUUGUGUGAUUUUGCUAAAAUGCAUCACCAACAGCGAAUGGCUGCCUUAGGGACGGACAAAGAACUGAGUGAUUUACUGGAUUUCAGUGCGAUGUUUUCACCUCCUGUGAGCAGCGGGAAAAAUGGACCAACUUCCUUGGCAAGUGGACAUUUUACUGGCUCAAAUGUAGAAGACAGAACUAGCUCAGGGUCCUGGGGGAAUGCAGGACAUCCGAGUCCAUCCCGGAACUAUGGAGAUGGGACUCACUAUGACCACGUGGCGAGCAGAGACCUCGGCUCACAUGACAAUCUCUCUCCUCCCUUUGUCAAUUCCAGAAUACAAAGUAAAACAGAACGAGGCUCGUACUCAUCAUAUGGCCGAGAUUCCAACCUCCAGGGCUGCCACCAGCUUUUUCCAGAGGAAAAAGUUGGGAUGAGGAAGCCAAAGCUCCAUAGGCAGAGCCUGCUCGGAGGGGACAUGGAGCUGGCCACGCCCGGGGCGCUGUCCCCCAGCAAGCCGGGCUCCCAGUUCUACCAGUACGGGGCCAGCGCGCGCCGGAGACCCCUGCACGGCUCCUCCAUGGAAGUUCAGACAAAGAAAGUUCGGAAGGUGCCUCCGGGUUUGCCGUCCUCUGUUUACGCUCCGUCCGCCUCCACGGCCGACUUCAACCGCGACUCUCCCGGUUUCCCCGCCAAGGGCGCCGCCAGCACUUUCCCCGGCUCCUUCUUCAUGCAAGAUGGGCACCACGGCAGCGAUCCCUGGAGCUCGGCCAGCGGGAUGAGCCAAGCGGGAUUUUCGGGAAUGUUGGGGAAUUCUUCCCAUUCCCACCUGGGCCAGUCCAGCAGUUACUGCAGCCUGCACCCCCACGAGCGCCUGUGCCGGCGCAGGCACGACUGCGUCGUCUGCUUCGAGAGCGAGGCCCGCGCCGCCCUCCUGCCCUGCGGCCACAACCUCUUCUGCCUGCGGUGCGCCGGCCGCGUCUGCGGCAGGGACGCGCCCGCCUGCCCCGUGUGCCAGAGCGCGGUCACUCAGGCCAUCCAGAUCCACUCCUGA